AUGGCGGAAAGACACGCGUAUGUAUUAGCGCCCUGGAAAGCAGCUCGGAGGCGACUCGUUAACAGAGAAGAGCUGCUUAGCUUGUCUUGUCCAAUAGAGCUGUCUGCUGCUUUCGAGGAGAUGAAGGUGAAAACGUGACGCUGCUCUCGCGUCAUCCCUACUAAGAAGAAGGUGGAGCAGCAGCUUGAUGAAGAGAAAGAGAUGCGUGACGAAGCCUUUGUGAAUGCUUUGAAACAACAGCGAGAAGAGAUGUCUCAGCUCCUCGAGCUCAUGAGGAAUCAGUACCAAGAGCUUCAAACAAGAUACAGGGAGGCGCUACUACUGAUAGAAGACAAGAUGGAGCAAGAACGCUCAGAACGCAUGAGUAAAAAUAAACAAGAGCUGGAUGCCCUUUUCGAGCGACGAAAGAACAUGGAAGAACACGAAAUAAUCGACUCCCGCAACCGACGCUACGAAGACUUUGAGGAAGCUUUUGAGCAGCAACGGCAGAAAGACGAAAUAGACCACCAGGCUCGGAAGACUGAGCACCAACGAGUGAUACAAGAACUCGAGCGACACUUGGAGAAAAUGAUGGCUGCUUACCAGCUUAACAAGGAAAAGCUAGAUUACAACGUACACGUACUAACUGAAAGAAACAAAGAGAACGUUGCACUCGUGUUGGCUUACAAAAACAAAGCAAAUAAGUGUCGGGGAGCUCUGAGCGGCAUCAUAGAAAAGUUUAACGCGAUGGAAAAAAAGUACAACCUCGCUAAUGCGCAGUAUACUGAAGAGUUCAAGAGGCUUCGAUGUCAGUACCAACAAAUUCGGGAACAGAGCGCCCUGUUUAAAGCAGCCGAUGAACAGCUGUACAGGGAAACGUGGCAUUCACACGAGCAAGAGGCUCGUCAGCUUGUGGCGCUCCUGCUGGAAGCAGACAAGAGCAUCCACGAACAGCAGCUUUGUUUACCUUUCACGGCACCUGCAGAAGCUGAGACUGGUGGGGCUAGUUUUUUCGAGGAAGAAACUACUACGUACGACGGACUGUCCGAAGCAGCAACCACUACAUUUCAUUCGGGAUCUUCGUCGGGAAAAGUGGACAGUAUACUAGGGACGCGAUCGAAGGAAGGGAGCGAGAGGACGGGAACAGACGGGGGGGCAGGAGUCCUGAAGUCACAUUUUUCCGCAGAGAAACUGAAAAAGGUCCUCGACCUCGUUGCAGAAGCCUGUCGCUUCCUCAUCGCAUCUCACGGCAAGCAGACGGAAGACCUCAGCGAGGAAGAACAGCGGCUGGUGGAGGUGCAUAGCAUUCUCGAAAGCGUUGGCGUUACUUGCCAAGCUGACUUAGACCUUCUGGUUUCCAUGUUCUACCAAGGUCAAGAUGAUGAUGACGAAACGCUCUACUUUGACGCAGACGACGUCCUCCGCUUGCUGGAAGACUUUAUGGAAGAGAAGCACAACCUCGCUCUGGCAGAGAUAGUCCCCGACAACGACAAAAAGCGCAAGCAUCGACAUCAAACGCAGGGAAGAAAGGAAUCCGAUAAAGAACGGCGCCUACGCCACAAGAAGGAGGUCCAACGCUUUUGGAACAGGCUGAGCAAAGUGAUACCAGAUAUUCACCUGCGUGUGUGGGGCGCUCUCGAUCGUGUCAUGGGGAGAUACCACCGACUACUUGUUAGCCGUAGCGAGGUGUUGGCUCAGAUUCUUGCAGCUGAACGGAGGUGCGAAGCUCUUUCGCUGCAGUUGAAGGCUUUCAAGAAAUCGUCCAUCAACAAGGAACUGCUCGUACCGCCUGUAGCCCCGGCUCAAAAGCUGCCGCAAGAGAGGAAAGAAGAAGUGGCGGCCGCGCAGUAUGCUAAGGCGGGACACUAA